AUGUCUCGAGGAGUAAGUUGAACAAAAUAACAAUGAAAGGCAGCUGUCUAAUCUUUGAUGUAUCAAAUUUUAAGAGAUCAGAAUACGAUGAUCCUAUUGAAAUUGUGCGAAUGGCUCGGCUCGCUGUUAAAGAAGCUAAUAUGCGAGCAACAAGAAUGCAGGCGCAAACAACACAACAACUUCAGCAAAGAUGUAAAGAUCUGAAAUAUUGGAGUGGUGAAAUUGACAGGUUUUCAAAAAAACUUUCAGAGAUCAGGCAUUCAAUUUCGUUUUCAGAGAGUUAGCUGAUGUUAAAGAGGAACAUGAUGAUUUAUUGAGAUGUUAUAGAAGAUUACAGGUUUGUUUGGAUAUUACUGGAAGAGCAAAUCGUUGUAAUGAAAAUUGUCUGGCAGUUCGAAGAAAAAAAGUUCAAGUUGGAGAUCAUACUUCAGAUCGUGUAGAUUUAGAACUUCAUAAAGAAAAAGAUCUGAUGGCCGAGACAGUAAGGCAAAUGAAAGAUAUUGGAUCAAAAGUUGAAAAACAACUAGAAGUCAAUCAAGCAGCUCGGAAAAAUCUUCUCCGUGAUCUCACUUUGAAACAAGAAGCCAUAAACCUUGAUCACAAAAGUGUUGCAAUGGGUGUAGAUGGAAAAUCCGCAGCUGCUCGAACCCCAGAUGGUGAUCGUCUUGAUUACAGGUAAUUUUAUAUGACAAAAAUUCCCCUGAAUUCAUUUUUCUUCAGAGAAGGAGCACCGCUUCAACGCAUGAGCGAAUAUUCGGAGUGGAUAGAAAACACCGGAAAUAAUUUGAACUAUGCCGCUCGAGCAAGAGUUCAUAGUCGAAAAAUUGCGCAGGUUUACAAUUUAAUUGAAUUGGUCAGUGGAAAAAAUGUGUUUUCAGAAGCUCGCACAAUCUGUGCGUGAAAUGGCGCAACAAUUGAGAACUGAAGCAAUUGCGGUUGAGAGUUUGUUGAAAGAUUCAGUCAGAAAUUGGCAAGAAUGGAAAGAUAAUUUGCAUUCUCAAGUAAACGCAAAAGAUAAGGAAAUUAAAGGUGCAGACGGUGCUAUUGAGGAGAUUGCAUUUAGCUUAAAACAAAAAAGUGGACCACUUCAAGUGGCGCUCUCACGGCAAAAUCAGCGAGGUCUCAGACCCGGUAUUGAACUUUGUAACGAUAAAGCUCAACACGCACUUCAUCAAGAACUUAUGAUGUUGAAGAGCACAUUUUUGAGUUUGGAAAAUCAGCUAGGUUUGUUGAUUCAUAUUGAAAACCUUCCACAACUGAUGAAUUUUCAGACAAAGCAAAAGAGAGUCGAAAAAAACUUGAGAAUGAUCGUGACAAAUUGCAAAGAAAGCUCGAAAUCUGUGAUCACAAUUUGACAAUUGACAAUGAGAUUUUGCGUCAAAUCCGUUCUUCUUAUCCACACGAAAUUCAACUUUCCGGUUUUCUUCUGAGUGAAACUAAAGAACAUCGUUAA